CAGAGAGCAGUCCAAGCGUUGGAGGGGAAGGAUCGCUCACAGUAGCCAUGGUGCUGCACAAAGACCCCUGCGUUGAGCUGAAUGAUGGGCACAAAAUGCCAGUGCUUGGGUUUGGCACCUAUGCCCCAGAGAAGUUCCCAAAGAGCUUGGCAGAAGAAGGCACCAAAGUGGCCAUUGACGUUGGAUACCGCCAUAUUGACUGCGCGUUUAUCUAUGGGAAUGAGGUGGAGGUUGGACGGGCGAUCAAGGCAAAGAUUGCGGAUGGUACUGUGAAGAGGGAGGACGUGUUCUACACUGGGAAGCUCUGGUCCACGUUCCAUACCCCCGAGAGGGUCCGUCCAGCCCUGGAGAAAUCUCUGACAGAUCUGCAGUUGGAUUACAUGGAUCUCUUCAUCAUCCAUAAUCCGGUGGAGUUCAAGCCUGGAGAUGACCCCUUGCCAUUGGAUGAAAAUGGGAAACCUAUUUUCCAUAACACGGAUCUUAGAGACACAUGGAAGGCUCUGGAAAAGUGCAAAGACGCAGGGCUGGUCAGAUCGAUCGGGGUGUCCAAUUUUAACCACAAGCAGCUGGAGCUGAUCCUCAAUAUGCCUGGGCUGAAAUAUAAACCCGUCUGUAACCAGGUGGAAUGUCACAUUUACCUGGAUCAGAGCAAACUGCUGGAGUUCUGCAAGUCCAAGGACAUCGUUCUGGUGGCAUAUGGUGUAUUGGGGUCCAGCAGGGAGGAGAACUGGGUAGAUCAGAGCACUCCUGUACUCUUGGAAAACCCCAUACUGGGCGCCAUUGCUAAGAAGCACAAUCGGACCCCCGCUCAUGUCGCAAUGCGGUACCUGCUCCAACGAGGAGUCGUCGUCCUUGCAAAGAGCUUCACUCCAGCCAGGAUCAAGGAAAAUUUCAAGGUAUUUCAACAUGCUAAAAUGUAAAUGCUCCAAACAAAUUCACAUAAAAUUGCUCUUCUGAGCAUUUUUCCAAUUUACAUUUAUUAACUAGUUUUCACAAUAUCAGCAGUUUUUUAAACUGUUAAUAUAAUGAACAACGGCACCAGCUGCUGCCCAGUUCUGCCAACAAGCUACAG